AUGGGGAUCAUUGAUCGGAAAUUGUCCAUGGAACUGAGCAGACUCAUCGAAGGCAUCGAGCUGGAACCGAUCGAGGGAUCGGAUGCUGAUUAUGCUGUGCGCGUCUGUGAUCUGACGGAGGAUUCGCGGACCGCGAUGCCGGGAUCUUUAUUCAUCGCGCGAGCAGGGACCAAAGACGAGGGCGCCAAGUACAUCGAUCAAGCCGUCGCGGCCGGCGCCGUUGCGGUGGUGACCGACAAUCGUGAUGCAAAGGCACCAGAGGGGCAUCAUCCCGCGAUCCUGUACACCCCCGAUGCGUGCGGCAUCGGCGCCAAACUCGCAGAACGCUUCUAUGGACAUCCGAGCGAUCAACUCGCGAUCGCUGGAGUCACAGGAACCAACGGCAAGACCACCAUCGCGCACCUGACUCAACAGAUCGUCAAGAACGCGCAUAUCAAUCACAAACGCAUCAAGUGCGGCUUGAUCGGGACUGUUCAGAUCGACGACGGCCGAGAAUGCAGCGCGGCGCCGAUGACGACCCCUCCCGCGAUCGAGCUGAGCCGAACACUCUCGACGAUGAUCGAGCAUGGCUGCAGCGCCUGCGCGAUGGAAGUGUCGAGUCAUGCACUCUCGCAGAAGCGGACUUAUGCAUUGUCAAUCGAUGCCGCGGGGUUUACGAACCUGAGUGGCGAUCAUCUGGACUAUCACAAAACGAUCGAGUCCUAUACCAAAGCAAAGGCGUCAUUCUUUGAGCACCUCUAUCCAGGAUCACUCGCGCUGAUCAAUAUCGAUGAUCCCGCUGGUCAAGUGAUGAUCGAUGCGUGCGAUGAAGGAGUUGAUAUCCAGCGCUGCUCGUUGAGUGAUCCCGAUGCGGAGUGGUCCCUUGAGAUCCAGUCCAGAUCGCUUGAUGGGAUGAUGCUCAAGAUUCGCACGCCGAUUGGGGAUCUGAAAUCAAGCAUCCCGUUCUUUGGGGGCUACAACGCGAGCAACACACUCAUCUCAAUGGGAUUGUCCUCUCGAUUGCUCUCGAAGAUCGGGAUGACGGAUCAGCAAAUUCUCGAGCACUGGUCGCAUGCGCUGCCGCAGCUCAAACUCCCGAGCGGUCGAUUGGAGCGUGUGCACACAAGCAGCGAUGAUCUGCGAGUCUUCGUGGACUUUGCGCACUCAGACGACUCGAUCCGCAACUGUUUGGAUGGUGUCAGAGCCGUGCUUCCUGAUGGUGCGAAGCUCUGGUGUGUCUUCGGAUGCGGCGGAGAUCGGGAUCGGACAAAGCGACCACGCAUGGGACAAGCCGCGUGCAACGGCGCGGAUCGUGUAGUGUUGACAAGCGACAACCCACGCAGCGAGAAACCUUCGAGGAUCGUGGACGAUGUGCUCGCGGGUCUUGAUCAAUCCCAACGCGAUCGUGUCGAGGUCCAAGUGGAUCGGGCGCAAGCGAUCCGUUUUGCGAUCGAGCACGCACAAGCCGGCGAUGUAGUUAUCAUCGCAGGGAAGGGGCACGAACCAGAACAGAUCAUCGCGGACCAGAGCGGACGAUUGGUGCAUCACGAGUUUGAUGAUCGUGUCCAUGCGCGCGAAGCGCUCGAUGAACGAAAGGCCAGAUCAGAGGAGAAUGCGGCGACUCCGACUGGGGUCGCAAUCGAUACGCGAGAACUCAAGCAUGAUCAGAUCUUCGUCGCGUUUGUGGGCCAGCGCGUUGAUGGCCACGACUAUCUCCAGCAAGCAAAGUACCAAAGUGCGUCGAUGUGCAUCAUCACGAACGCUUCGAGUGUUCCCGAUGCAUUCGAUAUCCCGACGCUUGUGGUGGAUGAUGCUACAGUCGCGAUGACCCAACUCGCGGCGCACUGGAGAUCGCUCCUCGCCGGGACAGUCAUCGGCGUGACGGGUUCCAACGGCAAGACUACCACAGCAAGACUCAUCCAUUCAGUGCUCAAUCAAGCGGGUGAUGCGUGGGUGUCCUCCAAGAGUCACAACAACGCGAUCGGUGUCCCGAUAUCGAUCCUCAACACACCGAUCGAUGCACGCUUCGCGAUCUUCGAGCUCGGGACCUCUAGCCCUGGCGAGAUCGAUGCACGCGCCCAACUCGUAAGCCCCGACAUUGCGGUCAUCACUUCGAUCGGCAGAGCGCACCUCGAAGAACUCGGAUCCAUCCAAGGCAUCUGCGAAGAAAAAGCAAGCAUCCUGCGCCACACCACACAGCGUGCCUUCAUCCCUGAAGGAGUUCCAGAACUCGAUGCUGUGGUUGAUGCGUUGGGAUUGGAAAUCCAGAUCCAACGAGUCGGUCCGGAACUGGUGAAAGUCCUUGAGGCCACCGAUCAGCGUGUGUCAUUCGAGGUCGAUGGAUCAGAAUACGAAGCGCCAGUUCCCGGCGCACACAAUGCGCACAAUGCCGCACUCGCUGUACUUGUGGGUCGAUCGUGGGGAAUGACCAAUCGUGAUAUUCGAGAAGGAUUAUCAAAGGCAUCCCUCCCAGAGAUGCGUCUGGAUCGCGUCGAGAUCCCAACCCAGUAUGAUCCGAUUGUGAUCUAUAACGACGCGUACAACGCGAAUCCUGAUUCGACUCGAGCCGCACUUGAGUUCUUCCGUACACUGCACACGCAGAACCCUCGCGUGAUCAUCCUGGGAGAUAUGCUCGAGCUGGGUGGCGCGACAGAAUCGGAGCAUGCUUCGAUGAUGGAAGUACUUCAAGGUAUUGAAGCACGCAAUGUGCUUGUCGGAGAGCACUACAGCAAUGCGAGCAAUGGUCAAUUCGAGUGCUACCCGAAUCCGGACGACCAUGCGAUAAGUGAGUUGGCGAGAACCAUCAAUCCUGGAGACAUGGUCCUGCUCAAAGGCUCCCGCGGGAUAGGUCUUGAGCGUUUGGUGUAUAUCCUCAUCAAUCGCUAUACGCCGUAUGCGAAAGCAGCGAUCCAGUUCCGCACACUUGCCGCAGCGGGUCUGUCGUUCGCGAUCGUGGUGUUUAUGGGAAAGCGUGUCAUCCGCAUGCUCAUCAAACUCAAGAUCGGUGAUGCGGGAGAAACCGACGCGGCGCUUCUGAGAGAGCAUGCCGCGAGCAAGGCGAAUGUCCCAACAAUGGGCGGCAUCUUGAUAUGCGGUGCGAUCUUCAUCUCAAGCUUUCUCCUCGCGGAUAUCCGAGUGAAUCUCGUGUACACCGCACUGUUCACGCUCCUCUGGAUGACCGCAGUGGGGGGGGCGGACGAUUACCUCAAGCUGACCGCUUCACGCCGAGGGACUGGUCGUCAGGGCCUUUAUUCAUGGGAGAAACUGGUUUUCCAACUCGGGAUCGGUCUGAUUGUGGGGUUCUUUGUGUAUCGCUACGGCGUGGAGUUUCAGAAUAACCAGCAGGUCGAUUCCAUCGCGCAUGUGCUCAACCUCCCAUUCCAGCGCACCUAUGACCCAAACACCAAGUUCGCCGCCGAUGGACUGAUUUACCUCGGGCUCCCAGCGUUCAUGAUCAUCUCGAUGCUCGUGAUCGCUGGACUCUCCAACGCCGUCAACAUCACCGAUGGCAUGGAUGGGCUCGCGUCGGGAACCAGCGCGAUCGUGUGCUUCGCGUUGAUCCUGCUCUCGCUAGUGUCUGGAGAGCUGAGCUCGGCGCAGUACCUGUAUGUGCCGUAUGUCCCGCUCGCGGAUGAGCUCGCGGUCAUCGCGGGUGCGAUGUUCGGCGCGUGUCUCGGAUUCUUGUGGUGGAACUGCAAACCCGCUCAGAUCUUUAUGGGAGACACCGGAUCGCUCGCGCUCGGAGGAAUGAUCGGAUAUAUCGCGAUCGUCACUCGUCAGGAGUUUGUCGUAUUACUCAUGUGCGGCGUAUUCCUCUUCGAAAUCCUCUCCGUUGUCCUUCAGGCACUGGCCGACGGAUAUUCAGGAUCGCGCCAUACCACCAUCAUCUCCACCAAGGAGGUUGGGCGGAGAAUCAGGUCGUCGCUCGUUUGUGGUUGA